AUGGCGGCCACAUCUCUGAGCACGCCGAGGCUCGGCUCGUCGCUUACUUCGCCGGCGCUGCAAACCCUUCGUAACUACAGAUUCCCGAUUACCUUCCUCUCGUUUUCUCAUCGCACCAAAUCGUUGAGCUCCAGAGACUUCUCCCGCUCCGCCUACUCAUCUCAUCAGAGCCGCCGCCGCCUUACGACUAGGAUUCGGGCCGGGUCCGCCAACGGAGCCGAGCCGACGCGGCAGUUCGACUACGACCUAUUUACACUCGGCGCCGGCAGCGGGGGCGUCAGAGCCUCUCGCUUCGCCGCCAAUUUUGGGGCUAAAGUUGCCGUCUGCGAGCUGCCUUUCUCUACGAUUUCAUCCGACUCGACCGGCGGAGUUGGCGGCACGUGUGUUCUCCGUGGAUGUGUGCCGAAAAAGCUCCUUGUAUAUGCAUCCAAAUUUUCUCAUGAAUUUGAAGAGAGUGGUGGUUUCGGAUGGAGUUAUGAAGCAGAACCCAAGCAUGAUUGGAGCACCUUGAUUGCAAAUAAGAAUGCUGAAUUGCAUCGCCUUACUGGAAUUUAUAAAAAUAUUCUGAAUAAUGCUGGUGUCGAAUUAAUUGAAGGCCGUGGAAAGAUUGUGGAUCCACACACAGUAGACGUGAAUGGAAAGCUCUACUCAGCAAAGAACAUUCUUAUUUCAGUUGGCGGGCGUCCUUUCAUUCCAGAUAUCCCGGGAAGUGAAUAUGUGAUCGAUUCUGAUGCUGCCCUUGAUUUACCUUCAAAGCCUGAAAAAAUUGCCAUAGUUGGGGGUGGCUAUAUUGCACUUGAGUUUGCUGGCAUCUUCAAUGGCUUGAAGAGCGAUGUCCACCUAUUUAUUAGGCAGAAAAAGGUGUUGAGGGGUUUCGAUGAAGAGAUCAGAGAUUUUAUUGGAGAGCAAAUGUCAUUGAGAGGAAUUGAUAUUCACUCGGAGGAGACGCCUCAGGCAAUAAUCAAGUCAUCAAAUGGACUCCUGUCUGUGAAAACUAAUAAGGGGACAGUUGAUGGUUUUUCUCACGUCAUGUUUGCAACAGGACGCAGACCAAAUACGAGGGAUUUAGGUUUAGAGGCAGUUGGAGUGAAGAUGUCGAAAAAUGGAGCCAUAGAGGUUGACGAAUACUCACAGACUUCUGUUCCCUCCAUUUGGGCUGUUGGAGAUGUUACUGAUAGAAUAAACUUGACACCAGUUGCAUUAAUGGAAGGAGGAGCAUUGGCAAAAACUUUGUUUGCCAAUGAACCAAUAAAACCAGAUUACAGAGCUGUACCAUCUGCAGUUUUUUCUCAGCCACCCAUUGGCCAGGUUGGUCUUACUGAAGAGCAGGCCAUCACAGAAUACGGUGAUAUCGAUGUUUAUACAUCGAACUUCAAGCCUUUAAAAGCUACUCUCUCUGGCCUUCCCGAACGAGUUUUCAUGAAACUCAUUGUGAGCGCAAAGACGAACAAAGUCAUUGGUCUGCAUAUGUGUGGAGAUGAUUCGCCUGAAAUUGUUCAGGGAUUUGCUGUAGCCGUUAAAGCUGGGCUGACAAAGGCGGACUUUGAUGCCACAAUCGGUAUCCACCCCACUGCAGCUGAGGAGCUCGUCACCAUGAGAACUCCCACACGCAAAAUUCGAAGUAAACCGUUAGAGGGAAAAUCGGAUUCUGAUAUCAAAGCUGCUGCCGGUGUUUGA